GGAGCUCGGUGAGAGUGGACGCGUCGCUCGAAGUCACUGCACCAGAAACUUUCGAUAUUAAAGAGAUGUCACAUUGAAAAGUUAUAGUGACUGUGUGUGUCUGUCUGUGUCUGGUAUAUGAUGCGUUAACAUUGUUUGUGUACAUUUUGUGAAGUUUUGUGUUAAUAAAAUUUCGAUAAAGGAGUGAAAGUAUGAACAUAUAUUACAAUUAUCAGAAAAAUGAUGUUUAACUUCAAUGAGAAUUAAAAAGGUGAGUUCAAAAGAACACAUAUGCUUCGAAUAAAGAACAUCUCCCAGGAAUGUACUUAAACGAAGAAAUGACCAGCAUCAUUGCAAAAUGGCUCACAAAUGUUGGAAGACAUGGCUAAUUAUAUACACUAUAUCAUUUCUUACAAUUAGCACCGCCGAUUUUACAACAGAAUGUCAAAGACCUUGUGACUGUAGGUGGCAGUCUGGUAAUAAAGCUGCAAUUUGUUCCAACUCAAGCUUGAGGGUUGUACCAGCUAAUUUAAGCAGCGAUAUACAGAUAUUAGAUCUAUCUAACAAUAAUCUAUUACAACUACAUCAAGAAGCCUUCAAAAGGGCAGGCCUGAGCAAUCUUAAGAAACUUUUUCUAAGAGAUUGUAAUAUUGAAACAAUUCACAAGGCAGCGUUUGUGACUCUUGCAAUUAUGAUAGAACUAGAUCUAUCAAAGAACAGGAUCCGAUAUCUUCACCCGGACACCUUCAAAGGCACGGAAAAACUAAGAUUAAUAAACUUGAAUAACAACUUUAUCGAUAAACUAGAAGAUGGUCUAUUUCGCAAUUUAAAGUAUCUUCAAAAAGUUGAAGUGAGCAACAAUAAGAUCUUCCGAAUUGGAACAAAGGCAUUUCUAAACUUGCCUCAACUGAAGAUAUUGAGAAUAGACGGUAACAAUUUGAGUCAUAUGAAACCCGAAACUUUAAUGGCGUUACGAAACUUGUCUGGACUUGAUUUGCACAACAACCCGUGGCGGUGUGAUUGCAACUUACAAUCGUUUAGAGAUUGGGUUAUCACUCACAACUUGUACACUCCACCAACGGUAUGUGCGGAACCCGCUUCGAUACGCGACAAACUUUGGUACGAAUUAGAUUCUUCAAACUUUGCUUGUCGGCCUACUAUAUUAGAACCCCUGCCAGAUGCAACUAUCAAAAGUUAUGAGGAAAACGUGACGCUGAUUUGUAAAGUAGUUGGCAAUCCACCUCCAGAAGUUGUGUGGAGGUUCAAUGGUAAAACGAUUGAGAUACGAUCUUUCGGAGAAAUACGUUAUAAUGUUAUGGAGAACACAAUGGAUCUUAUUAGAUGGGUUAAUUUAACCAUACUUCAUACCAGGUACAGUGAUAGGGGAAAUUACACAUGUGUAGCUGAAAACCCAGGAGGAAGGGAUGAAAAGACUUUAACGCUAAUGUUAUCUAAAUAUGGCGCUGCAGGAACCAUAGCUGGAAUGGACGCAGAUUCUUUUGCAAUUCUUGUGGGAUGUUUAUUAUCUAUCGCCAUAAUCGUCGGAGCUGUGUUAACCGUCUGCUAUUUCACAACACAAAAUGGCGAAUUAAAAAGACUGAUUAAAACUGAUAAUCGAUCAUCAAACGGAGAAGCUUUAAUAGAAGGCUCUGUGGCGUCCGAAGUAGAAAAAGUGUGUAAAACCGAAGUUAAUCCUAUGGCCAAGCCAGCGAAUAAAUACGAAUCUACUAUGGUCAAUACUGCGACAGAAAUGUUGGAAAUAAAAAAGACAUUAAUCGACACCGACUCUAGAUUGGUUUCCACGGAGAGACAUAAUCAUAAAGAAUCAGAAUUUCCUAAACAUACCAAAGAGUUAUUAUUGGAGCGCUUACCCCAAGAUUCCCAGACUUAUCCACCGGAUCUUCUUUCAUUUCCUCCCCGCCCGAGUCAAAUAUCACCAGCAAGUGGAAUUUCUUUGGACAGGCCACACAUCUCAACAAAAAUGGAGAGUCCAAAAUCAUCAAAUUGCGGCAUGUCGCCUAUAAACACGGCAAUUUAUACGAGACUACCUAAUUCGAGCUAUCAAGAACCUUUAGUAAGUAAAGGAUAUGUGACUUUGCCGAGAAGACCUCGAUCAGCUUAUCCCGAGGAUAAUCUCCGACCACAAAUCUUUUCUACCUUGAAUGGUGUCAUACCAUACUACGAUAAUUUUAAUAUGAAGUUUUUUGGUAAUGGAGGUAAUUAUUACAGUCUCAAUAAAAGUGAAAUCGAUUUAGGUCCAGUGAAUAAAAUCGGUUUUCUAGAUGCUUCUGACGAUAUAGAACCGGCCCCAUCACCUGCUCCGGGGACUCCUCAUGCCAAUAUACCAAGAAACAGCUUGAGUUCUCCAAACAUUCAUAAUCAGUUAUUGAUGUUACAAGCUAUGUCAAAUGGAAAUCUAAGAAACUCGUUAGAAAAUAGGCACUCUAAAGUAACCCUUACAGAUAGCGAUAGCCUUUUAAAGACUUCAAGUAGAGACUUGAAAAUAGGUUACAGUGUAAACGUUGCGAAUACACUGAGCAAAUCACGGAAUAUGAUGAAUCCUCCACCAAAAACAAGGAAAAGACAUUCCGGGGAAGUAAAAGAAACAUUUCUAAAUACUAUUGAAAAUGCUACACAAGUGUAACUUCAAAUAGGUGAGUAAGUAUAUGUAAUUGUGUAUAUGAAUUGGAUGAAAAUUUAAAAAAUCCAAAAAACUUCAUUGUUUCAAAGAGCAACAUGAACUAUAAUAUUAUUUUUAAUCUAACUGUUUUAAAAAACUUCGUGUAUAAUUUGAUUGAUUUUGUCAUUUUAACAGUACUGCAUUUUUGUUAAGCAAAUAUUUUUUUAAGAGAAAACAAAAAUAUACUAUAUUAAAGUCGGCGUCCAUUUUAUAAACCGGCUUUUAUAUGACUCUUUAUAUUAACUCACUUUAAGUUAAACUACAAAUUAAUUUAUCAUAUAUGUAGCUAUUUAAAUCGGAAUGAUAUUGUAGAUACUAACAUUAUUAAUAAGUAAGUUAGUUAUAACAUUUAUUAUUUAUGUAAACUAUAUUAAAUAAUUAUUAAAAUAUUGGUGCUUUUGAGAAAGAAAAUUGCAAUCCAUAAUCUUCCUUAUACGCUUUCUUUAACUACCGCAAAAGGAAAUUUUAUAACAAAGUGUGGACCAAACUAGCAGCAUAUUUCUUUUAUGUUUUUAAUAUUCUUCGUAAGCUCUGUUAUAUAAUUCAAACGUAUCACAUAUAGUUCAUGAAUGCUGUCUCUAAAAUUAUUUCUAAACAUAUCAUAUAAAAAUUGCUAGAUGUGGUCUAUACUUUUGUCAAAAAAAAAUAGUAGCAGUUUUCAAUUAUAUAGAACAGUUUUAAAAGGAUUAUGCAAAAAUUUUAUCACUUUAAAUUAUAGUUUUAAGAAAUUGUUUUUGUCAUUGUAUAAAUGUAAAUAGCAAUAAACUAUUCUACAGUUUAGGAGAAUUUAAGAUCAAUUAACUUAAACAAAAUACACAUAACAAUAAAAUAUAAAACAACUUGCAGACUUCUAGUUAUGUGAAAAAUACAAAAAAAAAAAUUGUAUGCACGAUGAGAUCAGGACAGAACAAUGACUAUAAUUUUGAAAAAAUAUUUUUUUUUACAGAGAAGGCACUCAUUUCACUUGAAACUUAUUUGUUUGUGUACAAACUCAAUCGCUAGAGAAGUUUUGAUGUUUUAUAAAUAAUAGACGUUUCUUAAUUGGUAUUAAAUAAAUAUUCAAUAUUAUAAGUAGAGCAUUAACCCUAUAUGAAAUUAAAGACAAGGAAAAGUGUCUUUAGCAAUAACAAUAAUUAUACCAAAUCGAUGUUUUUAUAAUUACAUAUCAAUGUUCAUCUUAUCCUCGCCGGUUCCUAACAAAAUAAAAUUAAAUACUCUUAGUUUGAAUUUAGUCGUUGUUCAAUAUACUUUAACGUAAAGAUCUUAAAUUCUGCUAGUGAUACUCGUAACCGAUCAAAUGUAAAUUAUGGUGUGUGUGUUGGACCAAUAGUGACGAGUGAAUGGAAAAUAUUAAAUAAAUAAAUUGAAAAUAAAAA